AUGGCCGGGAGUCAGCUCUCGUGGGCUCGCGUGCUGCUCCUCGGCCUAGUCGCGCCACUCGUGGCUGUCGGCGUCGACGCCAAAAGAGCAGUGAACGCAGAUCCACCGCCGGCCGGCUCGGCUGACGGUUUAGCGUCCGAACCCAUCGAAAAACGACAGGUCUACACCGGCAACGAAACGAUACCGGCGCCUCAGUCCCCGCCCGUCCAAGGGUGGUGGGAGUCCAAGAUCUGCUCCGGCAUCUACUGCGUCUACACCAACCACCGCGUCGCCAACGGCCGCGGCCUUGUGGCAGUCACCCGAUUCGAGGAGUUCCAGAAGCUCGGACGCAUUGAAAACCACCUCGACCGGGCCGAGAACAGGUACUUUGACGACCCGGUGCCCUUCACGACCACCGACGUGGUCGAGAAAGGCCCCGGGGUCACCGCCACAAAGCCCCUCCGGCGCGGCAAGCAACUCAUGUCGUGGUCGCCCGUCCUGGUCGUGCACAAGUCCUUCUUCGACGAAGUCCCCAAGAAAAAAGACCGCACCCGCCUGCUCGAAACGGCAGUCUCCUACCUGCCCCCCGCCACCCGCGCCGCCUUCGACAAGCAGCGCCUCCGCCCAGGCGACACCGCCAACGCCAACCCGCGCUCGAUCGAGGAGAUCCUGCAUGCCCACCCGUUCGAAAUCGACCUCGGCUUCGGCAACCGCGUCCUCGCCGGGCCCCAGGACCCCGCGGAGCCCGCGGCCCACUCCAGGCACUUCGCCAACUACCCUGAGGUCUCGGCGCUGCAGCACGACUGCCGCCCCAACGUGGCGACGUACAUCGACGGGCCGUCGUUCGCGCUGCGCGCCACCGUCGCCCGCCGCACCCAGCCCGGCGAGGAGCUCACGAUCGCGUACAUCGACCCGUUCCUGCCGCGCAAGGAGCGCGCCGCCUGGGUGCGCCGGCAUCGCGGGCUGGCCGGGAGCGGGGGCGGGAGCGGGAGCGCGGCCGGGUGUCCGUGCCGGGCGUGCAACCCGCCGGGCGGGCCGGAGGGCGAGGCGGCCAAGGAGGCGGACCGGCGGAUGGAGGAGCUGCUGGCGAUCCGGGCGGAGCUGCGCAACCACGACAGCACCAAGGUGGACUUCCCCAUGAUCGAGCGUUUCCUCAAGCUGUACGAGGAGGAGCGGCUGCACGCGCGCUUCGCCGAGGCGUACGAGCUCGCCGCAGUCAACUUCAACUACCUCGGCGACGACAAGCGCGCCAAGAAGUACGCUGACCUGGCCGUGCAGGCGGGAAUUGUCGAGGGCGGGCCCGACUCGAACGAUGUCGCGGCCAUGCGGAUCAUGGCAUCGGACGUUACUGGACAUUAUAGCCAUCGUUACAGUUUAAAGCGUCGAGGGCAAUAG